GUAUAAGCCGUGCUUAUUUUAGAUUAUACUUACAAGAUACUUUAGUAUAUAUACGAGUACUCGUUUUACCACGUGUAUGACAACAAAGCUCAUCUUAUGGAGUUUGACAAACUACUCCAAGAAUAUAUAGGAGAAAUAGGGCCCUAUCAAGUGUGGCUUUUAUUUUGGCUAUCUUGGUUCUGGAUAUGGGGCACCUUCAACACUAUGGGGAUUGUAUUUCUGGCGGCUGUUCCAGACCACUACUGCCUAACCUCUGCGCUACAGAAUCUCUCAUUAUCACAGGAUAUUUACCUGAACAUCUCUAUACCACACGAUGGGAAAAAAUAUUCGAAUUGCGAAAUGUAUGAUCGCAAUUAUACUGAUGUUACUGAUGAUGAUGUUCAAAACUGGUUACAAAACAACAAUAGCAAUGUUGAUGCCAUCGCAUGUAAACAGUGGAUGUAUGACACAUCUGUCUACAAAACUAGCUUGGUCUCUGAGUGGGACUUGGUAUGUGACAAUGAGUGGAAGAUAGCAACGGUGCAAUCAGCAUAUGCUUUGGGAAACCUCAUUGGAAUUGUAUUUUUUGGCCAAGUUGCAGACUUAAUUGGUCGAAGACCAGUGAUCCUUUUCACAAGUAUAGGUGUUGUUGCAUCACAUGUUGGAGAAGUUUUGUCGGUGAACUAUCCAAUGUUCCUUGCAAUGAGGGUAAUACUAGCCAUAAACAGUGGAGGAUGCUUUACAGCUGCAUUUGUGCAUGCUAUUGAACUUGUGGGACCAAAAUGGCGCACAGCAGUGGGGAUUUUGCCUCAGUACAUGUGGGGUGUAGGUUACCUUCUACUAGCAGCUAUCACAUAUGGUAUUAGGGACUGGUUCACACUUGCACUUGCACUUGCCGGACCUCAGCUUCUCAACUUUAUAUUCAUAUUCAUCUUACCAGAAUCUGCCAGAUGGUUAUAUGCGAAGGAGAAAAAGAUCCAAGGAGACAAAGUAGUGAAGAAAAUUGCAAAAUGGAAUAAAACCAAAUUACCAGAUAUUCUGAACGUUGAAAUAAAAGAGCCGGAACAUAAGACUCAAGCAACGUUACUUGAUUUGUUUAGGACGCCAAAUCUAAGACUGAUUUCCAUGAUACAGUUCUUCAUUUGGUUUGUGACCAGUAUGGUUUACUAUGGGUUAUCACUGAACUCAUCCAACCUUGGUGGAGACCCGUACAUCAACUUCCUUAUAUCAGCUGGAGUGGAAAUACCCGCCUAUGCACUCUUUCAUUUCCUCUUAAGGAAGCUAGGACGCCGGGUCUGCACAUGUCUUACUCUCACCAUAGGAGGCUUGGCUUUGUUGUGUCUUCUGCCUGUAUCCGAGGAGCACCAGAUUGUGAUCCUAGUAUUAUCAAUGACUGGUAAAUUCAUGGUGUCUGGCACAUUCGCUAUCAUAUACCUGUACUCUGCUGAACUAUUCCCUACACCUGUUAGGACAGUUGGCGUAGGAUGUUCAUCUAUGUUUGCCCGUGUUGGAGCUAUUGUAGCCCCAUAUAUUGGACAGUUGCCGUUUUUGGCUCGUCACUUGCAUGGUAUAAAAUAUGCACCAUCCAUUAUAUUUGGUGCCUUCUCAUUCGCUGCUGGUUUACUCACUUUACUGCUACCAGAGACGCUGGGCAAGAAUCUACCUGAGACUUUGGAAGAAGGGGAACUCAUGUCUAAAAGAACCUCCUAUAGAAAAGUAUUGAGAUUAUAG